UGGAGCUUCCAUUGUCUGCUGCGUUUUUUCUUCUUCUUCUUCUUCUAAUAAUUUAAUUUCCAACUGUUUCUUUUUGUUUUUUAAAGUUCAUAUUGUUGCUCGAUCAUAAAAUAUUUUGGGGGGGAUUCACCAAACCUAAUUUUGGUUUUGGAUUAAAUUCACCUUUGAACAGUGAGGUGAGCGUCUCACGUAUUCCACACUCCGGCUUUGCGUUUUUCUCUGCUUUUCUUUCCUUUUCUUUUCUUUUCUCUCCCUUUUCUGUACCUUGAGUUUACUUUUCAGAGAUUUCAGCCAUUCAUCAUUCAGAUAAGUGCAAAUAUCUCUCUUCUCCUCUCGAUUUUUUAUUUUUUAUUUUAUUUUAUUUUUAAUUAUUAUUAUUUUUUUUUUUUUUUGGAAACCAUGGGUGAUUGAGGCUCAACCACUCCUCGUUAUCACUCCAGGAUCAUGUUUUGAGCCCGACGCUUCGUCUUGUCACCCGUCAGGACGCGAGAAACAGACUUUGUCAGUCAGGACCCGUUCAGGUGACCGUCACCGUCUCAGCUAUUGCAUGACUGCACAACCCUGACGCAUCUGCAGAGGACAAGACUGCGGCAAUGGAAAGUGUUUCCAAUGAAAGUGACUUUUGGCAAUCUAACGAAUCCUGGCGGAACUCGAGUCUCGCCAAUGGGACCGGGUGGCUGAACCAGACCAACCCUCUGAAGCGGAACGAGGAGGUGGCGAAGGUGGAGGUGACCGUGCUCGCCCUGGUGCUGUUCCUGGCGCUGGCGGGGAACCUGUGCGUCCUGCUGGCCAUCCACACCACCAAGCACAGCCAGUCCCGCAUGUACUACUUCAUGAAGCACCUGAGCAUCGCAGAUCUAGUUGUGGCGGUGUUUCAAGUUCUCCCUCAACUUAUCUGGGACAUCACAUUUCGGUUCUACGGACCGGACAUUUUGUGCAGGUUGGUGAAAUACCUACAGGUUGUUGGGAUGUUCGCCUCCACUUACAUGCUGGUUCUGAUGUCCGUCGACAGGUGUUUGGCGAUCUGUCAGCCACUUCGUUCUUUGCACAGGAGAAAAGACCGUUUCUAUGUCAUAUGUUCCUGGGUGCUGAGCCUGCUCUUCAGCGUCCCGCAGAUGUUCAUUUUCUCCCUGAGAGAGGUCGGCGCGGCCGGAUCAGGGGUGUAUGACUGCUGGGGCGACUUCGUGAUGCCUUGGGGAGCCAAGGCUUACAUCACAUGGAUCAGCCUCACCAUUUAUAUCAUCCCGGUGGCAAUACUGAGCAUCUGCUACGGGCUGAUAAGCUUCAAAAUAUGGCAAAACUUUAAACUGAAAACGAGGAGGGAGCAGUGCAUCAGCCUGACGCCCAAAACCUCCAAAAGCAACACGCUGGCCCGCGUGAGCAGCGUGAAGCUCAUCUCCAAGGCGAAGAUCACCACCGUGAAAAUGACUUUUGUGAUCGUCGUGGCUUACAUCGUCUGCUGGACCCCCUUUUUCUCUGUCCAGAUGUGGUCCGCUUGGGAUCCAGCGGCGCCCCGUGAGGCCAUGCCCUUCAUCAUCUCCAUGCUGCUGGCCAGCCUCAACAGCUGCUGUAACCCGUGGAUCUAUAUGUGCUUCGCCGGGCACCUUUUCCAGGAUCUUAGGCAGAACUUUCUGUGCUGUUCGGCUCACUACCUCAAGUCGUCCCAGUGCCGCUGUGAGCGUGACUUUGACUCCAGCCACAAGAGCAACUCCUCCACCUUUGUCAUCAAGAGCACGAGCAGCCAGAGGAGCAUCACACAGACUUCCACCACAUGAGCAUGCGCCCUCACAGCCCUUUAACAAGCUCCCUGCCCUGCCUUUCACCACACGCUGUCAGCCAUAAGGAAACCCAGCAGAUUGGACAGAUGCCUCUCGCCCCCAGGCUCACUGUUCUAGGCCAGAAGGGAAAAAAACAAAAGUCUUAAUUCUCGGUAUUGGAAGUGGAAUAAUGACAUAAAUAAAUGUACAGAAUAUCAUUAAGGGUGCGUUAUUUUGUUUAUGAAAACCUACAAGAUAAUCAGGUCCAAGCUGAGCAUUCACCUGAACCUUUGUGUUGGUAUGCUUUCAUUUUUUGUUGCUCAGUUAGAUGUACAGUAUAUAUUUACAUAUUUGCAAUGCAGAGAAAGUAAAAAGGAAAAGCAACCUUUCAAGCAGCCUUGGCCAGCCACACUAUUAAAUCAGUUGUCGUCACCAGCAAAGCUAACGGAUCCUGUUUGUCUGUGUUAUGAUGAAACCGCUCACCUGUUCUGAAUAUUGUGUAUGGUGUUGUUCACUUUGUUACAUUUGCAAUGGAUUGCAUACAUGUAAACUGUUACUUGAGAUAUUGUUAAAUGUCAUGGGUGUCACUGGUAAACAUUUAAAAAAAAAAAAAAAGCUUUUAAAAAAUAAAGAAAGAAUAAAGCAUUAAAAAGCACUUUAUUAUUUAUACCUGGCUGAUGCUUAUAAGAGCUCCUUCUCCCAAAUUGGCCGAAGAAAACUUUGGCACACUCUCAGGAAAAGUGUGAGGGGGGAUGUUUGUCGGCGAUAAAUCAAUAACGUCACCAAAUUUUCUUGGCAGCACACUGAAACUUUGAGCAUCCUGUUCACCUAAGCCCCAAAAUGCAUGAUUGGGUUGAGAUCUGGGGACUGCGCAGACCGCUGGAGGUGACUCCAGGCAACAAUCGCUGCGUGACGCGGUGUUUUAUCCUGCAGGAAGAGAUAACAAAGGUAUUCACCCUGGCAUUCCUUUUUUUUUUUUUUUUUCGCAAAGCUAAUUAAGUCUGAGACUG